GAACAACACACAUCAUGGCACUUCCGACAAAUGGACGGGUGAUAAUUGAUACGACGGUUGGAGAAAUAGACAUAGAGUUAUGGUCCAAGGAAACGCCCAAAACGUGCAGGAAUUUCUUAGCGUUGGCAAUGGAAGGCUACUAUGAUGGGGUUAUCUUUCACAGGGUUGUACCAGGGUUCUUGGUUCAGACGGGAGAUAAAACAGGUACGGGAGGAGGUGGGGAGUCAUUCUAUGGAGAACCAUUUGAGGAUGAAAUCCACCCUCGUCUGCGUUUUGCGCACAGAGGUCUGAUAGCCAUGGCAAACAAUGGCACAAAAAACUCCAAUGAUUCUCAGUUUAUAAUUACUCUCGAUCGAGCUGAUGAGCUCCAUGGAAAACAUACCCUCUUUGGUCGGUGUAUGGGAGACACGAUCUAUAAUGUCAUGAAAAUUGGUGACAUGGAGCUCGAUGAGAACGAACGUCCUUUAUACCCUCCCAAGAUCAAUAGUAUCACGAUUGUGGAUAAUCCAUUUGAUGAUAUUGUACCUCGCAUAACAGCCGCAGAAAGACGUGCACAGCAGCGAGCAAAAGAAACAGCACAGCGGGAACGUGAAGAGGCAGAUAGACGACGAGGUGCAAAAAAGAAUGUCAAUUUACUGAGCUUUGCCGAGGAUGAAGAGGACAGAGGAGAUGAGGUACCUAUAAAGUUCAAGAAGAAAGCUAUUGUCCGACCAGAUCUAUUAGAAGACCCCCAGUCCACAGCUAUUCCAGAAGCAGUUUUUCCCCCAAUGCCUAGCAGGAGAAGUAAGUCCGAAGACUCCGGGAAUGUUGUAGAGACAGGAUCCAAGGCUCAGAAAAGUCCUCAGAAAGGUGAACGCUCAGAUAUAACUAAGAUACGAGAAAAACAUGCGUUGGAGCAAGUUGCUGGAAGCAAUUCCCGAAAAGUUGAAAUCGAAAAGAUGGAGGCAGAGAUUCGAAAGCUUUCUCGAAAGCAUGGUGACGAUAGCGACGACGAACAUACACGGAAGAAGACAAAGAAUAAGUCUUAUCUAGAAGAAGAGAUGGCCAAGUAUUCCAAAGGGAGAGGUCUGUACAAGAAGAGUAAAGAUGGGAAGAAAAAGGACGAGGGUGAUGUCCUUGCAGCGCUGAAUAAUUUUAGAGGCAAAUUAAAGAGUUCCCUAUGGAAUGACAUAGAACAUAACGGUGGUGAUGAAGAGGAUACUGUAGAGGAACAGAGACAGGUCGAUGAUGAGGGCAUGGAAAUAGAUGUUGAUCGAGGAUUCAUGGGUCACGCGCUUCAAUUCCCAAAAGACGACGGGGAGGAAACACGCAAAGCGGAGCGGGACUAUGAAGUCAUUGAUCCACGUCAGCGAAACGCAAGAGCGAAGGAAGAAGAGAGGGAGAGAAAGCGAGCAACGAAAGCAAAAGGUAAUCGAUAUAGACGAUGAACCGGAUCUUGUGUCUAUGUGAUAAGUAAUUCCUUUUAUAUCAAUGUCAACUUCUCGGAAGAUACAUCAAAAUAAGGAUCAUCAUGGUGGACAUAGUAUGUAGUGCGUAAUAAAGCGGUUUACAAGCGAAGACAAGUUCACUCUAGUGGCCGUCUACCAGUGUAGCAUCGUCACCUUUAUCAUCUUCCUCCCUGUGAACAGUACUAUUCUGUUUCAUGCUAUCUAAGAGCGCUAUUGCAUCCCAUUUGGAUAUUCCACAAUGGCUCAACUUCCAUAUCAUAGCAAAGCGUGUGGGUAAGGGGAAAAGGCGUCCCAAAUCGCGCAAAAAUCGCGCGAACCAAGUGUUGCGGUCUUUUUUCCACCCUUUUUCAAGGGAGUGCUGUUCCAAUAAAAUGCGUACCUUUGUCCUUGAUUCUCUGAGUCUCUCUUCCAGUUUGCCUCCAACACCUUUGAUAGCAGUUACGCAGGCGUGCCCAGCAGGCUGCAUCCCAUUAUGUUUGAAGGCUUCUUCGUUUGUAUCCCACCACCCAUCCAUAUCUAUCUCAUUCUCAAGUCCCGUAACAACGAUAACGAUAGGAACGUUUUUCUUGCAGAAAUAUUCAUAGAACAGUUUCCAAUUUCGUUGCGUGACCUCGGUUAUCCUAGGAGCACGUAUGCAGUAUACAAGAAGGUGUACGCCGUCUUGUAAAUCGGUGAUGAGCCGGAAGCUAUUAGCAAUAGCUUUAGCAUCCACCAUUUUCCCUGAAUCUCCCUCGUUGGUCCCCACUGUGUCGUAGAGAUUGUAAGUAAAGCUCUCUGAAAGCUUCACCGCGUAGGAUUGGUAAGUGAAAGUGCAUCCAGUGGCACCAUUGGACGUCAGAGCGACGUCUUUAUCUGCUAUCAUAUUGAUUAUAGAACUUUUCCCGACCCCAGUCUCUCCAAAAACGACGACAUUUCGCGAGGGAAGCGUCAUGGACUCGGAGUGAAGGGGAACCUGAGCGGGGCCGCGAUGGUAGAAAUUUGAGAACGUGAUGAAAAGAGUUAUAGUGGUAGGUGCUGAAUAUUCUGUACGCCAGGUACUGUCGGAGUAUGUACUGGUCAGGUAGUGUGUUUAUAUAGCUAAAACGCACCGGUUGCAAUAGCUUUGCGCAUGCUACAGGACUCUGUCGAUAAUUUUGAUACUGACACCUACCUGAAUAACAAAACUAGUAGCGUUUAAUCUGUCAUUUUGGGUUGAAAGAUGAUCAGAGAUUCCUGGUAGACGCCCUGCCGUCAUCGCAGGACCUCAAUCACGAAGCGCUAGAAAAUGAGAAGACACAGAACUUCUAUCAGACUUCAAGUUAAAUGAACGUUGCUAACACGAGUGGUAUAU